AUGCGUCUUUUACGUUGGCUAAUUCACAAUGAAAACAACGAAGAUAAUAUAGCCAUAUCGCCCUAUGGGGCUGUUAGUAUUCUUGUAGCUUUAGGAGAAGGUCUUCAGGGUGAAGCUAGUUACUUUAUCCCAAAAGAAGGUUUUCUAGCAGGUUUAACCUUAAACCAUGAGAACGUUACUUUAAGACCAUCCUAUGUCGACACUUUAAAGUAUUAUGGUUUUGAUAUUACGUCUUUUAACAGUGGGUUGUAUCCCCCUCCACCAACAACAGAGCGACCAUCUCUAACAACUUCAGAUACACCUGGAAGAGAAAUGACCAUGGAAAUGACGUUACCUACAAGUACUACAGAACGACAGUCUAAAUUAGACACUACAGUAGUUACAGCAUCUGUAACUGUUGAAGGUACGGUUACAACUGCACAACCGACCACUACUUCACAAGAAACUACAACUACAAUUACUACAACUAUUCCUAUGACAUUAACGGAAAUAAGUACUAUAUUACCUACAGAACGUACUACCACUAUUACAACUUUACAACCAACUACCAUACCAAAUUCAGAUACUACUACACUUAAAAUAAUUACCACAGAAGUACCUACAACUAAUACUACAUUUGUGACUACAGAAGUAAGUAUGAGUACUACAGAAGAACUUACAAAAACUACUAGGGAAAUAAAAGAUGGUAGCAUCACACCUAGUGUCAUAACCGAAGAAAUUUAUACAACACUUUCAACUUCUCCUACAAGUACUACCCAGGAAACAACAACAAUUACCAGUAUAAAUAUAGAUACCACAACAAAGAUGAGUACAGAACCUGUCGAAACUACUGUGGAAGAGAUUACGACUACAGAAAUUAAUACAGAAAACGUACCAAUGGAAAUUUCGUCAACCAUUGAAUAUACCACUCAAGCACCCACCACGGUAAUAACUUCUAUAAUAACUACAACAGAAAGUGCCAUUCCAGAAACUACUUCCAAGUUACCUGAUACAACAAUAAUUACCACUACGGAACCAACAAAAACCGAAACAGAAACAACAACAGAAAGUAUUAUGUUGGAAACCACACUAGUUACUUUGCCCUCUGAAAUAUCAACAGAACUUGAAUCAUUCUCACAACCUACACCUUUAGAAGUAUCAAAAGAAGUUGAAUCAUUUCCGCAAACUACAACUACAGAAAUAUCAAAAGAAGUUGAAUUAUUUCCGAAAACUACAAUUAAAGAAACAACAGAUGGUUUAAUAGAAGAACCUACAACAGAACCAAGUUUUUCUAAAGAAACGUCCACUGAAGUUUCAAAUGUAGCUGAAACGUCCACACAAGCUAAAACUACAGCAACAAUAAUCGAAUCUGUAACAUUUGAAAGUACAUUUGUACCAACUUCAACAAUGGCUGAAACAUUCACACAAACUGAAGUUACAGAAACAACAACUGAAACACCAGCUAGAGAAGUUCAAACUGAAAUAUUAACAGACAAUGAAGCAGUAGAUAGUUCAACAGAAAUAGUUACAGAAACUGAAGCUGUUCCAGAAACGACAACUUUAUUGUCAUAUCCCUACCCGGAUGCAUCAACACCAGAGAUCGAAACGUCCAAAGAAGUUAAUGAAAAUGAGGUUUUUACUAGUGAUGCACCAGCUUUGACUGCUAAACGAAAACGAUCAAAAAAUAACUUUAUGCGAUUAAAUAUUUACAAACACAGACCCAGAUCUACUUACACAUCGGAUUAUAAUGAAUAUAUUUCCGGAAAACAUCGAAAAUUGGUAAGUGGAGUAGAAGACUCAAAAAGAGAUCUAGUGAGAAAAACGAGAUCCGUAGUAGAUUACGUAAUCGCUAGAUACUACGAUGAUUAUCACUCGAAUAACCAUCAAUAUUUGGAACCCUAUGUACCUCAAACGAGACCCAGCUUCUUAAUACAGGGAAAGUAUCGAGAAAACCAAAUUGAGUUCAUGAAGUAUGAUACAGUAUUACCAUUUUUCUACGUAUCUCAUCUAAAGGCUCUAGCUUUAAGCUUUCCACUGGACAGUCCAAAAUAUUAUUUACUCAUACUGCUACCUGUGCAGGAAAAUGGUGUGGAUAGGCUUAUUUGUGAAUUGAGAUUAAAUGGAAGUUUAAAGUACAUCAUAGAUAAUUUAAGGCUCCGACACGUGACCGCUGUUAUACCAAGUUUUAUGCUUAAGGGGUAUGUGAAUUUGACACCCACUUUGCAAAAGUUGGGUAUUCGACGAGUUUUUGAACCAAACCAAGCGGACUUUUCACCAAUGACCAGUUUCAGAGAAAUUUUUGUAACAAAUAUAGAACAAGCCAUUACAGUUAACAUUAGAAACUAUGUAGAACCUGAUCCUAUAGUUAAUAGAAGGGAAUUUCGUCAAGAUCCCCCUGUCGAUUUUCGUGUAGACCGACCUUUCCUCUAUUUUGUUGUAGACACAGAACUUCACGUAACGCUAAUGGCUGGUAAAAUUGUAAAUCCUCUAAAUACUAGAAUAACGUAA